AUGAGCUCCAACGACAACUCCGCUCGCUCUACCGUGGCCGCCGUUGCGGACCCUGCAGAGCCCGCUGCAACAACCCCAACAACAACCACAGCAACACCACAACCACCACCUCACAACACCCCCCAACCUCCAAUGCCUCCCACGCACGACACCUCCGCGAAUAGGCGGCCCACGCCCGCUUCUGCCGUAAACACCGCCGAUGCAACUGGUCGCCGACAGAGAGCCCUCGGCGCCUCGAGCUCGCGGAACGCGUCUGCUUCCCCUUCGACCCUACAAUCACCCACGUCCUCUCGCGACACGUCGCCCUCACGCCAGCCACAACGUCUGCAAGGCUCGACAGCAGCUCCCCUUAGGUCUGGAUUGCGUUCCCGCAAGAAUAGUAUCGAUGUCAGUCCAAGUGGAGCGCCAGGCGUCGCGGGCUCCAAUGCCACCGGCCCUUCGGCCGCCGCCAUCCAACGUGCCCUUUCCUCGGCAACAACACCUCAGCUUUCGCCUGCACCUCCGCAGGAUUUCACUAGAGCUUCCGGCCCUUUGAAAGGUGCAUCGGCGUCCAGUUCCGGAGAAAAUACCCCUCGUUGGCCGGUUUCCCCACGACUAAAGUCCCCGCCUCCAAAUCCAGAUAACCGCUCACGCUCCCGGCGCAACUCGCUACGUGCGCAGAAUGCAAAGAAACCAGACAUUCCAGCGACCCCGUCAAUCGUCGUCCAGAGCUCGUCGCCUGUCCCUUCAUCCCGUCUUCCCGUCCAGGAUGAAGAGGGUAUCGAAGACGUCGAAGACCAGCAGAUAACCAUGAAAGCACCAUCUCGAGGGGUGGCACCAAAACUGGAAACCGUACAGGAAGCUAGCGUACCCACAACGCCGUCCUUUGAAGGGUUGGAGAUUGGAAGUGUAGUCUCGAGCCUACAUAGCCAGAGGUCAUCAGACGACGAGCGACAUGACGUCACAUCGACCAAAGUUACAGAGGACCUUAGCGCAAGAACUAGCCGGCAUAGCGAAUCCGGCGGAGAAAAUAACGAUUCCAAAACAAAGAUGCAGGAGCGCCGUUCUUCCUCCGCGCAACGUCCCGCGACGCUCACGCCACGAGCUUCAUACUCGUCCCUGUCCACUAUCAAAUCGCGCACCGAUGUGCCCACUCGCAACAUGACGGUGGAGACGGAGACAGUGCCGUCUGUGCCUUCUCAAUCCAACAUUGGAAAUCAGGACCGCUCGGCCUCUGGCAGAGCCGAGGGGAGCCUACGCCAAAAGCCGAGCAGCGAGACGAUCCGUCCAAAGAAGGAGAAAUCUAGACCCAAGCGCAAAGCUCCGUCCAUCGUCUCCGGGACAGGUAGGUCUCCCACCUUUUUUAAUGCCCGACACCACCACCACCGGCACUCGGCCACGGUUUCUUUGCUUGGGAGCCCGGGAUCAUCAUAUUGCUCGUAUGAUGACCCCCGGUUGACGAUUGAUGAGUCGCCCCCAAAUCCGGAGAUGCCAAGGCCUUCCUUCCGCCCUACUCUCCUAUAUUCUUAUUCAUUCUCAAGCGCUAACGGAAGUGCUCGCAAAGCAUCAUCCAAAGCCGAUGUAUUCGAACAAAAAGUCGCCAGUGCUGUGGAUGAGGCCAAUUCCUCAGACUCCGAGGCGACCUUCAUAUAUGAGUCCAACCCUCCUGAACCGCAGCCGCAUCGUAGCAGGCACCACUCGCGCACGCCGAGUAUGACAUCCAUCGCCAGUGUGGCAGAUCGUGGAGUCCGUGAUGCGCACCGGAAUAUGGGCAAGAAGACCAGUAUGAAGUUCGCCAAUCCCUACGCCAACCAGAAUGCAGAACUUGGAUUCUCGGAUCAUGGGGACGGAACUGUGCGCGUUGGUUCGGGCAGAAUAAGCGCAGCAGGACAUCACCAUCACAUUGGUCGUCAUGGACAUGGUCGAGGUGCCCUGAAUCACUUGCUCGUCGAUAGCGACUCCUCCCUCGCUCAAUCUUCCCGCAUAGCAGCGGCACGUGCCGGAUCGAGGCAUACCUCUCAACCCAACAGUCCAAGGUUCCAGAACUUCGCCGUCUCGAACAUGACCAACUAUAAUGACGCUAUCAAAAACCGGGAACACUCCACCUAUGAUAUGGACACGGAAAAUGCUGCCGACGACGAACGGACUCCCUUGGUAUCAUCAAUACGAAGCCCCAGAGCACGAGGCCCUCGCCAGCGAAACGGCAUACUCAUCCGGCACCAGGACCGUCGACAUCGUCGUGGCACAGGGUGGUUCCGCCGGAUCGCAGGCUGUUUGGUCCUUUCCGUUCUGGUCUUGCUGCUCGUGUUCGGCGCGGUCGGUCUGAUAUUCGCCACAACGAAGCCGCUCACAGACGUCAAGAUCCGUGCUAUCCAGGACGUGGUAGCAAGCCAGGAAGAGCUCAUGUUUGACCUCUUCGUUGAAGCGGUGAAUCCUAACGUCAUUGGUGUUACAGUUGCCGAUAUGGACAUGAACAUCUUCGCAAGGAGUAAGCAUGUUGGCUCGGAUAAGUGGUGGCGGGAACAUGGUGGCGAACAUGGGAACGAGGAAAAUUGGCAACAUAUCUCAGACAGCGCAGCGGCGCCCGUGGAGUUAAAUCAUGCUCGUACUAAAGGCGUUGAUGAGGGAACAGAUCCAGUUGAAGAUCCUGAAAUUGGCGAGCCACGAACCAUGUUACUUGGCCGCAUCUUCCACUUUGACUCCCCACUGGCUUUUGAUGGGUCCUUCUUCAAGCGCCACAAGAGCCAGUCCCUCGGCGCCUUGCGUCUCCAGAAACCGGGAAACAAGACGGAAGCCGGUGGGACCGAAAGAUGGGAAGAAGUUCUCCAGUAUCCUUUCGACCUGAUUGUCAAAGGUGUCUUCAAGUAUCAGCUUCCUUUGAGCACACAAGAACGUAAGGUGGCGGUCAAUGCAUCAUACCACUACGACCCCGACACCGAAAAGAAGAAAUUGAAGGCUGCUAGCUCACGCAAGCGGCAGUUGUUACCAACACCUGUAAACUUACCCUGGGGACGUUAUGCUCGCGGCCUCGCCGAAGCAAAUGCCGCAGCGUAUUCCUAG